GCGGCAGAUCACUUACUUCUGACGUCCCAAAGCCUCAGGGAGUUGGCUCAAGAUUGCUAGUCUUUGAUAAGGUCCUUGCAACUUAGUAACAACUUUGUUGUUCCAAAAAUAAGACAAAAAUCAGUCUGACGGCUUCCCGAGCAUUUCUAUUGAUUAUCCACAUUUUGCGUUCGCAUUUUGUUAUUUGCUUUGCGAGGGAAUUCGCUAAUACGAACUUAUAAAUGCCGUUUUCUCUUUAAAGCGCAACGGAGAAUCAUUGUUUUCUAUGUACCUUUCGGGACCAGGCCGUCGGUUCCUUACUUUGAUGUCCACAGUUAAACCUUCAGCCCAGUUCGUAUUGGAAUAGCCUAUAGACGAGAUCCGUCGCCUGCUAUGACUGCUUGAAACGCUACCUGGGGAGAGCAGAAGCGGGUCCUUUUUUUAGGCGAAAAAGUCACGUUUGCAUUCCCCGUCUUUGUGAGACUCGAAUAGAGUGCCGCCUAUGAACUGAAACUGUGGAUUACUUUUUUUUAUUGCAUUAUUCAAUUGGAUAAUAUCAAGAGGAUUUUUGGUGGAGUAAACCCAUGGAUCGGUGAGAGAAGGGCUGAGAGGCUCCCCCGCUGACUUAAGAGAGUGAGGAGAUUACAGUGGAGCUCAGAGGACGCGCGCGGCACAUAAGGAAACGGGAGCUGGAGCCAUGAGCAGGGCUCUCGCGGACCACAUCAGCAGUAGCUUCAGAGAAGAUGCCCCUCGUCCGCCGGUCCCGGGGGAAGAGGGAGAGGCGCCAUGCCACGCCAAUCCCAGCAAAUUUGCCAUGAUGCGACCUCAGAAUAAGACUAAAGCGAUCGCCGUGGCUCCUCCCGGGUCGACGCCGAGGAGAAACGAGGAUGGACUAGGGGAACCGGAGGGAAGCGCUUCCCCGGACUCGCCGCUCGCUCGGUGGACCAAGUCUUUGCAUUCUCUUCUGGGGGACCAAGACGGCGCUCACCUUUUUCGUACAUUUCUGGAGCGGGAGAAAUGCGUGGACACUUUAGACUUCUGGUUCGCCUGCAAUGGUUUCAGACAGAUGGACCUCAAGGAUACCAAAACGCUACGAGUUGCCAAAGCUAUUUACAAACGGUACAUCGAGAACAACAGCAUUGUUGCCAAACAGCUGAAGCCUGCGACUAAAACCUACAUACGGGAUAGUAUUAAGAAGCAACAGAUAGACUCCGCGAUGUUUGAUCAAGCGCAGACCGAGAUCCAGUCAACAAUGGAGGAAAAUUCUUACCAGAUGUUCUUAACUUCUGAUAUAUACCUCGAAUACGUCCGUACCGGGUGUGAAAACCCUGCUUAUGUAAAUCAUAACGGGCUUGGGAGUCUCAAAUUGAUGUGUGGGUAUCUGCCCACGCUGAACGAGGAAGAGGAGUGGAGUUGCAGUGACUUAAAGGCGAAAGCCUUGGCUUCUGUUGUUGGGCUAUCGGCUAAAGCACUUCGGGCAACUGCUUCCAUAAGAACGGCAGAGGUGCUAGAGAAUGGGUACAGAUCCCACAGGCUUGGUGAUCCUGCGAACCCUUAUCAUGUCAACUCCGGGUACGUGUUCGCCCCCGCCACCAGCGCCAACGACAGCGAGUUCUCCAGCGACGCCAUGACGGACGACUCCAUGUCCAUGACGGACAGCAGCGUAGAUGGGAUCCCGCCGUACAAGCUGGGCACCAAGAAGCAGCAGCAGCGGGAGAUGCACCGCAGCGUCAAGAUGAACGGCCAGGUGCCUCUUCCUCACUUCCCCAGGACGCACCGCCUGCCCAAGGAGAUGACCCCCGUGGAGCCGGCCGCCUUCGCCGCAGAGCUCAUCGCCCGGCUGGAGAAGCUGCGGAGGGAGAGGGAGACCAUGAGCUCCCUGGAGGAGCGGCUGCAGCAGAUCCAGGAGGAAGAAGAGAGGGACGAGGGUGAGGUGCCAGGCAGCGCCCCCCACCACCCCGCUCACCCCCUGGGCCUGCUGCCCUCCGGGUCUCUGGAGGAGGACCCCCAGGUCAUCCUGGACGAGCACCUGUCCCGGGUGCUCAAGACCCCCGGAUGCCAGUCUCCCGGGGUGGUCCGCCACUCGCCCCGGUCCCGCUCCCCGGACCGGCACCCCGCCCUCCACGGGACGGCGCUCGCCAAGCCCCUCCCCGGCCCCGCCCCCGGCUCCGCCCUGGGCCCCUACCCGCUCGGCUGCGGGGUGGGGAAGGCCUUCCUGGCCAAGCAGUCCACCAAGCACAUCCACCACCACUACAUCCACCACCACCACGCCGGCCCCAAGACCAAGGAGCAGGUGGAGGCAGAGGCGGCCCAGCGCAUCCAGUGCCUGUGUCCCGCCGGCGGCGGCGGCGGCGGCGGCGACUACUCCUCCUACCACAAGUGCCGCGGCCACGGCAAGGAGCAGCCCGCCAGCCCGGCGGAGCUCGCCCUGGGGCGCCCGGUCGCCCUGUCCAGACGGCCGAGCAAGGCCAGCGAGGGGGCGGCCCAGCCGAACGGCGAGGGCGGGGGGGGCGGCGGCGGCGGCGCCUCCCCGCAGCUCCCCUCGGACGGCACGGACCGCUCGCAGAACGUCUGGCAGUGGAUCCUGGAGAGCGAGAGGCAGAGCAAGCACAAGCCGCACAGCGCUCAAGGCAUCAAGAAGGCCUACGCCACGGACUCCUCCUCCAAGACGCUCCCGGGCCGGACGCACUCCUGGGGAGGAGGAGGAGGCGGCGGCGGCGGCGGCAGCCACGCCCGCGCCCACCAUCCCGCCCACCCCUUCAUCCAGGACCCCGCCAUGCCCCCCCUGCCCCCGCCCAACACGCUGGCCCAGCUGGAGGAAGCCAGGCGGCGACUGGAGGAGGUCUCCAAACCCCCCAAACAGAGGCAUUCAACAUCGAGCCUUCAAAGAGACAGGAGUCAUUCUGCGGCUUUCCAGAGUGGAAAUGCACCUCUAUCAAGUCCCGGGCUUCAAACAGAAGAGUCAAAAGAGCCAAAGAAACAGGCCGGUACCCAUGGUGCACUGGGCACUGAGCUGGUGGUCACAUACUUCUUCUGUGGAGAAGAGAUCCCCUAUCGCAGGAUGAUGAAGACCCACUCCCUAACCCUCGGACACUUCAAAGAACAGCUACGCAAGAAAGGCAAUUACAGGUACUACUUCAAGAAGGCGAGCGACGAGUUCGAGUGCGGCGCGGUGUUCGAGGAGGUGUGGGACGACGGGACCGUCCUGCCCAUGUACGAGGGCAAGAUCCUGGGCAAGGUGGAGAGGAUGGACUGAGGCACGCACGGACCGAAGUACCAGAACCAAACUCUGGGGGGGGGGGGAAUACAGCAUCGCCCCCGGGGGAGAGAUUUGACUCUUGAAGAUGCCUCACUGAGAGAGAAAAAAAUAAAAUGAAUAAUUAAAAAAAUUAAAAAGCUUAAUAGAUAUAAUAUAUCCAGCACACCACAAGGCACAAGAAUCUUUUGAAGGAACACGAGCCAAUGAAGUACGGGAAGGAGGGAGCAGGGAGACCCUCAAACCCAACCCCCAAACCCCCCACCCCGCCACCCCCCAGCCCAUGACUUUUUAAACCAACCAGCCUUACAAACCCAAGGAGAAACGGUAUUAGGGACGGAGAGUGGAGCCUGGAGCGGGGCUCCAUGGGACAGUGGGAACGGACGGGACGAGGGAGAAACACUAUGAACAUAACCACUGUUUGAAGACGCAGACGACUGUUUCGCUGUUUCGAGAAAAAGACUGCGGCGCACGGACCGCCCCGGUCUUCCCUGGCCGGUCGCGUACGGACUGGCGCGGGGGGGGAGAGCCCGGUGUCGUGCUCCUGCUGCCCCCCUUUUCCUGCUCGUUUUCAACGUUCGUUAUACGUGUGCAUAUACAUAACUGCAUAUAUGUAUAUAUACAUGUAUUAUUAUAUAGUGCUUUUUUUUUUGUCAUGAUUAAAGUUUUAUAAAUAUUUAUUUAAAACUGUCGUCCCCCCCUCCUACCUCCCGCCCCCCAACCCUCCCGCCCCCACCCCCCCAUGUCCUGAAUACGGACUAGCUGCUUUCUGUAAUUGGGAGAAAACGAUGGUGAUCUUUCCAAUGUUAUUAAUGCAAGGCGAGAAGCCCUAGCCCCAGCGGCUAACGGGCUGUACCAGGAGUCUCUGGAGGCGGAUCGCGUGCCAGUGUCCUCCGCCCUGGGCUCCUCCGCCGUGGGGUCCUCCGCCCUGGGGUCCUCCGGCCUGGGGUCCUCCGCCCUGGGGUCCAGCGCCCUGGGCUCCUCCGCCCUGGGGUCCAGUGCCCGGUCCGAAUCAAUGCUGCUGUCUCUGGGUGUCCUUCGGUUUUUAAACGUAGAAACAGGAUUUCCCGCACCGUCCCGACCUUUUUAUUUUUAUUUUUUAUUUUUUUGAGUCCAGUGCCUUUUUUUGUGUGGACCAGGCGUCGCACAAGAAGAAAGGAAUGAAGAAGAAACGUUCUUGAGGAAGUAGAAUAAAUUACAGAGACCUGGAGCGCGCGGACGUCCCGACAUCGGACGGCACGAAGAAGUGUUUACGUUGAGCGGAGCGAGCGCACCGAAUCGAUCUGUGGCUAAACGAGCGUAGUUCUCCCCCCUGGAGCGGCUGCCAAACGUGGAAAGGGCGGCUGAGAGUGUUUCCACAUCGGACACUUAGCUAUACUCGGCGCCAUCUUUGAGAGAGAGCGGGGGCACUCCAUAGCGACAUCGCGUUGUGAAACACUAAAAAAAAACAGAGCUCCUGUACAUAUUGUAAUUAUGCAUUGUAAACAUCAGAAGAGGAUACACUAUCGCUAGUGUUUUAUUAGUACAGCACCUGUGCCUACAUGGGCUCCACACCGUGUGUUACCCUGCUUCAGGGUUGAGUAUUCCCUUGGUUUUCAGAGGGCUUUAUGUUGAAAAGAUAUUUUUAUGCUUUUAAUAUCUUGUAAUCAUGUUUUCUCUUUUUUUUUUUUUUUUUUUUUUUUUUUUUUUAGUUUGUGUUUUAUGAAAUGUUUUUCUUUUUUUUUUUGCCAUGGCAUUUUAUUUUUAUUUUAUUUUUAUUUUUUGUUCUAUCUAAACUGUAAAUUAUGCAUUAUAUAAAGAGUUUCAUUUAAAGAUUACUUGGUACUAUAAUUAUUGUAAUUAUUAAGAGAUGUAGCCUUUAUUAAAGUUUUAUAUUUUUCAAAUGAAA